ACUGCUCCGGGCCGCGAGGAAGUCUCAAGAUGGCUGCCGUGGCUGGAAGUCUGCUCCCUUCUGCAACAUGAAGCCGUGAGAGCGCGAGACCGCGAGGGAGGCACCAUCGGGCUUUUCUUUUUAUUUUCUUUUAGUUACUUUUCUUUUCUUUCGUCAAACAUCCAUCUCAUUCCGCGUCGUGUCGGCCCCGGGCUCAUCUUCGGGAGUGACGCGUCAAAUCACGCCGGGACCUGCCUCAGCUAAAGCGGCUAACUCACACAUUCGGCUAAAGCGGCUAACUCGGCUAACUCGCGGCUAGCUCCCACUCACAUUAGUUUAGCUGUGCCCCGCUCCGCGCACAGGUGCGUGUCAGAAACACGCGUGGCAACAGGCUGCUGUCGUGUAUCACACAAACCCCCGUCAGGACGCUGAACCCACGCGGGGCGCGCAGCUGUCACAGAAAAGCCCGAUCGGACCGUACUGGGCUCAACAUGUCCGCGGAGUGGCCGUGCAGCCUGUGGCUCCUGCACUAAUGCGCAGUAUCCAUCCGUUUAAUGUGCUCAUCCCGCUGCCGUCUUAUUCUUUUUCACCCCGUCACUGCACAAACCCCCCCAGUAUCCGCCAUUAGCUGCCAGAGCUGCAGGAUUUAGGGCACAUUAUGGGCACACGGAACUUUUUCUGCCUGUAGGUAGCGACAUUGGCCUUGUUGGCAACUCACCAAAAAUCCACCGAAAUGGACACUACACUCGACCAAAACUGAGGCGUUUUGUUUACUGUGGACUGUUGAGCUCCGCCAGGCACUUGUUCCAGCUUCAGUCACUACAGAGACCCAGAGUUAGCUCGCCUUCGGCGCACAGCUAGCCCCCGUCUCCCCCUCACACACACUCAAACACGGCGUACAGGACAUACUCGGAGCCCGCUCCCGGACACACGCACCGGCUCAGUAACACCGUCAUGGGAGUGCAGGGCUUUCAGGAGUACUUAGAGAAGCGAUGCCCCGGGGCCGCGGUCCCCGUGGACCUGCUGAAGUUGGCCCGGACAGCGGCCCGCCAGCCUCCUCAUCACCCGCACCAUCACCCUCAUCACCCGGGGCCUCCCCCACCUCCCACCCGGAUCCUCAUGGACGCAGACUCGGGCCUGCAGCGGCUAUACGGGGGCUACCAGACGGACUGGGUGUGCGGCGGAGAGUGGAACGCCAUGCUGGGCUACCUGGCCGCGCUGUCGCAGGCCUGUCUGUACCAGGGCGGCCUGGAGCUCGUGGUGGUGUUUAACGGGACCCUGGGGAAGGAGCGCUGGCCCGAGUGGGCGCGGCGCGUACAGGGCCAGCGGCAGACCGCGCAGCUCAUCGUGAACCACGUCGGCAGUAAGGCCACCCCGCCUCCCCGGGCCUGGUUCCUGCCGCCCGCCUGCCUCAGCCACUGUGUGCGCCUCGCCAUGUUCCGCUUCAGAGUGCGGGUGAGCCAUGUUAACAGUCUGGUCAUUUGGCGUGGCAGAAACACUUGAGCCCCUCUGCAUGUU